GCGGCCUUCGCUCGGUUCUUAAAGCGACAGCGUCCAGCGGCUCCGGGGUGGCUGUAGGCGGGGGCGGUUCCUGGACGAGGCCCCGGAUUAGGGGUGGGAAGGCUGCGAGUUCACCGUAACGGAACGGGAGAGGAAUGUAGGUGCUUCCCUUUUUCCCAGCCCUGAGCCGUGCUUGGGAUGCAGCUGGUUCUGAGGGGGCUGCUGUGGGUAACCCGGCGGGAUCAGCCACGGAUCUGACUGCUCUCAGGCACGGCGUGACAGCAGGAAGUGAGGCAGUGUUGCUCAUCCUAGCAGUGAUGGCGGCUGAUGAGAGAGACUACAACCUGACAGAGGAGCAGAAGGUGAUCAAAGCCAAGUACCCUCCACUCAACAAGAAAUAUGAAUAUUUGGAUCACACAGCAGAUGUGCAGCUACAUGCCUGGGGAGACACUUUGGAAGAAGCAUUUGAGCAGUGUGUUAUGGCCAUGUUUGGCUACAUGACUGACACAGAGACUGUGGAGCCUGUGGAUACAGUGGAGGUGGAGGCAGAGGGACAUGACAUGUUGUCUCUUCUCUUCCACUUCUUGGAUGAGUGGCUGUAUAAAUUCAGUGCUAAUGAGUUCUUUAUACCCAGGGAGGUGAAAGUGCUUUACAUUGACCGAAUGCAUUUCAAAAUAAGAUCGAUUGGGUGGGGAGAAGAGUUCUCUUUACCCAAACACCCUCAGGGUACAGAGGUGAAAGCCAUAACUUACUCAGCAAUGCAGAUCUGUGAAGAUGAAAAGCCUGAAGUUUUUGUCAUCAUUGAUAUUUAAAGCAAGAAGAGCAUGGCUGUGUGGAUAUUGUCACUGGCUGGAAAAAGUCUGUUACCCCAUGGAAAUAAUUUAGGAAUUGGCCAAUUCAAGUCACAAAUUGAAGAGAGUAACUGUAGGGAAUGACAGCCUGGGUUUUGACUUGAGGAUGAUGAGACAGAGAAAUACCUGCAUGCCAGGGAAAAAAAGAACUGGUUGGGUUAUGUAGGGUGUUGUGAAGAAGAGAUAUGUAGGUUGGAAGGUCCUCAGGAAUGCCAGUGGUCAGCUGUUAAAGGCUGACAUGUGUCAGGUCAUUUGAACUAAACAGAGAAAUUAGUGGGGCUGCUAGUUAAAAUACUAUCUUUUUGUAGAGUAGCAGGAGGUAAUAUACAUUAUUUCAUCUGCACAUUUAAGUGUUCUAAUUCAGGGGUGAUGUCCCUCCCCCAAAAUACAGAAUAGGUCCAAAAUAUCUUCAGUGAAUCAUAUUUAAUGCAGAAAAAAGAACACCUAAGGAAGUACAAGAAAAAACACCACAGCUUCUCUACUACUUUAAAAAAAAAAAAAAAAGUCAUGCCAGCAGGUGGUGCUGAUUGCUGUAAAUAAAUUUCCACAUGAAAUCCUAAAGGAUGUGACCAUGCAUAUGGAAUCCAUAUAGCACCUUUUAUCACUGGAAAGUAGGUGCCAAAGGGAUGCACCAGAUUCUGGGUUCACUCCCAACUGUGUCUUGAGAAAGCUGAUUCUCUUAAAAAGCAGAUGAUUCAUACCAGCUUCCCUUUUUCUUCUUUAGAAGGACUGCAGACAAUGUGUGUCAAAGAAUUAUGGACUUCAGCUCACUCAAAAAUAAAACAAAGCACAUUAAUUAAUUUUUAUUAAAAUCCCAGGACCACAAAUGUGUUUCCUGCUAUUGCUGUUUCAGGGUGAGAGGAGUGCAGGAAUGGUCAGUGCUGGCCUGACUUUUUUUUAAUUACUAUUCCUCACCUCUGGAGGCAGUGUCUCCAUCUUAUAAAGUCAUCUUAAAGAGAUCUGGUUUUAUUUCCACUGACUGAGGGACAGAAUCCCCUUUGAGAAAGCUUCAAUGCUGCAAUAAAAGCUGGACUGAGACUUAACACA